AUAAUUAAAUAAUUAAACAAAAAAUAAAACAAAAUAACCCAAGAAAUGAAAUCUAUUUACAUAACUUUAGCACUUAUUUCCUUAUUAGCAUUUACUUAAGCUGCUGAUCCUUAAUGCCAAAAACCUACAUGUGCUGAUGAUCCUAAUCCUUAAGAAUGUCAAGAUGCUUUGUCAAAACUUGAAUCUUGUGUUUAAACUAGUUGUACUAACAUUUAAGCAGGUGAUUUCUAGGCUAUUUUAACUUGCUUUACUACUUGCAAACCAACUUACUAACCUUUAAUUAAGAAAUUUGAAGAUUAUGCUGAAUGCUAAAUAUCAACUAAUCCUUAAAUUGCAAAGCUCGUUAAAUGCGUUGAACCAUCAUUGUUAGGAUGUUAAAAUAAUCCAGCAGAUUGCCAAACUGCAUUUUAAGCUUAAGGUGAAUGUAUUGCAAAUAAAUGCCCUAGUGUAGUCAAAAGUUAAGAUGAUUUAGAUGGUAUUUAAAAAUGCAUUUUCUCUACCUGCAAAAGUAGUUCUUCAAUAGUUAAUAAUGCUGAAAAAUAAAUUUAUGAAUGUGUCACUGGAAAAAAAGUUUCAGUUUCUGCUCAAAUUUUAAUUUCAUCAGUCUUCACCUUGAUUGGAUAUUUAAUCCUCUUUUGA